AUGUCGCAAUCGCAAUUCAAAUUCGUCAACUCAGAUGCUGAAGUCCCAGGCAAUGGUACUCCUCCCCCAGAGUUCACCAUCAAUGCGCCAGCUUCCACAGAUAUAUGGGCCAAGCCGCCCUCCACCACCCGCUUCUCAGCCCCGAUCUUGUACAAGUCUGUGUCGUUGAAGUCAUUCAAGCGGAUCCGCGUCGCCUUCAAUGCCCUUUGGGAGAAGAACUAUGACCAGGGUGGCAUAAUUCUUGUCCUGAAUACCGCCGACGGUGGCCAGAAGUGGGUGAAGAGCGGCAUUGAACUCACCAACGGCAGACCCCACCUCAGCGUUGUCGCCAAAGACAACUGGGCGGACUGGAGCUUGCUUCCAGUGCCCUCGGGCGGUGGUGCAGCAACUCUUGAGUUGGUCAAGGAAAAGGACAAUAGUCUGUGGAUCUAUCUUGUUGAGGGCUUGCAGAAGUCCCCUAUCCGGGAGGUCACUUGGGUCUUUGCGGAGGAGAAUGUGAAGGACUUCUGGGUUGGUGUCUAUGCUGCCCGGCCAUCAAGCGAGGGUGGGAAGUUGCCUGUCAAUUUUGGUCAUUUGAUUAUAGAGGAAUAG